ACGAUUGGUGGAAUUUGGAUAUUUCAUGAAAUUCCAUGUAAAUUGUUAUGGGAACGAAGUUUUUGCAUUGUAAUGCAAUGUAACUACACAUCCGAGCAUAAUAUGUCAGAUGAAAGGGGAGUAAGAUGCAGGUUGCUUGACGAGGACGCCACGUUUCCAGGGCCAGCAUCGGACUUUGAACGCAAUGCCGUCUUUCUUUUCUUUCACAAUGACAUUGUGCUGUGAGCAAUAAUUACAUAUUAUACACUUAUUUGGCUGCAUCCAAUACCCUCAUACUCGUCUAGGUUUCUCUUUGAUGCAUAUAUUAAAUACAAUUUAAAGCAAACACAUUUGAAAGCGGAAAUAAGAUAUUGUCCUUGUUCCAUAGCACAUUUUAGUCAGUUGGACCAACCGGAAGCAUUCUUCUCAGAACCUCUUGUGCAACAACUAGCUUCUGCAAAAUUGUGAAUCUAAUAUAAUUUCGAGAUUUGUUGUGAAGUGAUUACUUCAUCUUAAAUUUGAAGCAAUGAAUCCUGUCAUUCGCAAGGCUUCCUUCGCACUUCAUUCACGUGUGUUGGACCAAGCAGGAUUGUUGUUCCGGGCAUCAGUAUCAGUGCAACAUCCGAUUCAGGGGAGUCUGGCUUUUUCCAAUGAGCGACAAUACAGGACCAUGCCUACUCAUGGGAUUGGCAAAUAUAAGCACCUGUUACCCAAAGAAGCGCCAAAGAAAAAGAAAGAGAGACAGCAGAUGAAGCAGAUCAAAACUGCAACAGAUGCAGAGUACGGGACUCUGAAUGUGAAAGUGUCUGGGUAUGACAUGAUCCUAGUGGAGCACUACUCCCAGUACAUCCACAAUCUCUGCAACCGCCUAGGUGUCAAAGUGGCUGAGAGCUAUGCAUUGCCCACUAAGAGCAUGGAAGUCAUGGUCAUGCCAGAGCAAGGGACCAAGAUGUAUGUAGAUGCCAUCCUCAAGACCCAUGAGCGAAUUGUUCAGCUCAGCCAACUAAACGCCACAUUAUGCCCCACCUUUAUGGAGGUCCUGUUAAAGAAUCAGCCAGAGGGGAUUCAACUCUCUGUAAAGCUGCACACAGAGGCAGAUUACCAAGCCCGUUUCAAGGCGCGUCCAGAGCUAGAGGGACUGAUGGCACAGAUGACCUAGUGAGAGGAAAAACACUGUCCACCCCACCCUUUUACCUCAACUGUCAUCAUACUUUUUCUGACCUCUACUUUGUCACAUUUGAAGCAGUGGAUGCCAAUGCGUCUUUUUUUCCUCACAAUAGUGCUGUUUUUUGUAAUCAUGACGUGUACAUAUUGUAAAUGAAUUGUGGGGAAUGUAGGACUUUGUCCAAAAGCUGAAGAGCAUACGCACAUCCAGGUUCUUUUUGCAGGUGCUGGAGUUGUAGGUUAAUUCAUGAGAAAUAAAAACACUGCACACUGCU